CGGUGCUGGUAGCAGCUGGGGAGAAGAUGGCGGCGUGCGGUGCCGAAAGCCGCAAGGUUUCCAAGUGGGAAACUCUCAGGCUUGAAAUUACGCUCAGGAGUCUGACGAAGUUGCACCCCGGGGUGCUGCAGACCGAAAUGGAAGCGAGGUUACGCGUGGCAUUGAGCGAUCCUGCCAUGCCUCUGACUUCCGCUCUUGCGCAGGUGUGCGACGAGGUGCGGGCGGAGGCCGGCGCAUUGCGCCAGACAGCGGCGGCUGGUGCCGAUGCACCGCGACCGACGGGAUCUCAGAAGGAAUCCCAGAGGACGGCGGUGACGGCGGAGAGGGUUCCACGUCGGCUGCACGAUGCGGAGGGAGCGAGCAGCAGCAACCAAGAGCAGUUGAGGAAUGGGGACGGAGCGAGCAGCAGCAACCAAGAACAGCAGUUGAGGAACGACGACUUGGUGGGGGACCACGCAGACUCUGAGGUUGUGGAGGACCCCAGCUCGGAAAUGCGCGCGUAUUAUCAAUGGUGCGAGUAUUUUCUGUCCAUGGAGUUCCCGAAGAUAUGCCUGACGGAUUUGCGGCAGUGUUUGAUGGCCAACGGGUGGAGAAUCGGUCCUGUGUACACCUCUGUGCUGGCAGAGGUCUCGCCAACGGGUACGUUAGGCAAAGAGGAGGCCGCGGAGGUAGCGGAUCGCCGACGGUGGGUUCCAGAGGGCGGGCUGCACUUGCUGAAAUGUGGGCGGAAGGGAUAUCGGAAGGGGGCGCCUAGAAUGCGGUGCAAUAAGUUUGUCAGAGACUGUGAGCGCAUGCUGCUGGACUCGAUCGCGCGGCGGAAUGCUGCGGAGACGGGGGAACAACUGCGACGGGAUGCUGAGUUGGCGAUGACGUUGAGCAGGCUGGAGGAAGUGGAAGCAGCCAGGCGCAAGGAGGAAGAUUGCACGGACAUCGAUUGCGGAUGCUGCUAUGCGUCGUACCCGAUAGAGCAGCUGGUGCAGUGCGCGGACGGUCAUCUUUUCUGUCACGACUGCCUACAGAGACGAGUCAAGGAGUUGACCUUCGGCGGGAGCAACCUCCACCCCGAGGGCCAAAUCCCAUGCAUGGACACGGGUGGCUGCUCUCACCUUUUCCCAUGGGCCGAGGUGCGCCGUGCCGUGCCUGCGGACAUUUUCGCCAAGUACGAGCAGCGCCUGGGGGAGCAUUCCGUCCUCAAGGCGCUGGCAGAGGGCCUUUUCCGCUGUCCGUCCUGCGAUUUCCCCGUGGAACUGGACAAGGGUGUCCAGGAGCUCAAGUGCCCCAACUGCCAUAAGUGGUCUUGCGCGCUCUGCAAGCAGCCGGCCCAUUUCCCUUUGCUCUGCGUUAAAGUGGAGAAGAAGGAGGCGACGGAUUUCCGCUUGACCGUCGAGGAGAAGAUGACCCUGGCGGUUCUGCGAGCCUGCACCGCCUGCAAAGCGGAGCUGCUGAAGACGGAAGGCUGCAACAAGAUCACGUGCAGGUGCGGGCACAAAAUGUGUUACGUGUGCAGGGCCAGCAUCAAAGACUAUAGUCACUUCUGCCCCCAUGCGCGGGAUCCGGGCCAGAAGUGCAAUCAAUGUACUCGCUGCAGCCUGUGGGAGCAAGAAGACGUGGAUUCGGUCGCUGCAGCUGCCAGAAACCAAGCUCUGAGGGAAGCUAGCCACUCAGACCCCGAUCUUGUGAAGCGUCCAAUUGGAUGGUCAGCACAGGAUUUAGCACAAGCACCACUUAGCGCCAAAAGACGGCGGCGUUAGGAUCAAGACAAUAAAAUACCAAUGACAUG